AUGGAUGCUCUUCCGCCUAUUCAUGGCCAAUAUCAAGAUCUUCUGAGGCUAUUUGAAUACGGAGGCUACCCUCCUUCAGCAAACUUUCUCUUCCUCUGCGACUACGUUGACAGAGGCAAGCAAACAUGUGUGUUGGUUUUGUGUUGGCAGGUAGUGGAAGAUGGGUACGAGUUUUUCGCAAAACGUAGACUAGUCACGAUAUUUAGCGUGGACGAGUCUCUUGUUUGCUCUUUCGAGAUUAUGAAACUAGCUCCAGCUUCUAGCAGCGGCCAUCCUCUCAAGAAGGUACCUAAAAAGUCGUAGUCUUCUCGCUCAAGAUAACGGUUUCAUAGCUCAAGCUAGGCUCAAGAUUCGGACUUCCAUUAUAA